UCCCCGCCCACUCCCCGCUACGCAUUGACUCCCCACCGCCGCCGCCGCCGCCGCCCCGCGAAAGACCACCGAACGCGCCCCCGCCCAACGCGCCCCGCGAAAGGCCAGCCGAGGAAGCGGUCGCCGAACACGCCCCCGCCCAACCACCACCACCAGCAGCAGCACAGAUCGAGCAAGCGGGCGAGGCCCGAGCAGCUGCCCCGCUCCCCGCUGCUGACCCUGAGCUCCCACAUCCACCUCCGCUGGGAUGACCGCGCCAGGCGGGCCCUCCCCGCCGACGACCAGAUCGGCAUCCCCUGGCGCCAUCUCGCCAACUUCAUCGACUCCCCGCCCCGCGCUCGUCGAGAAGGGUCCCUGGCCGACGCCGUCCCCGUCCCCAGGCGGAUUUUCUCCCUCGCCGACAUCCCUCUCCUCGGAGGCCUGCUCUCCUACCAGGGGUUGCUGGAGAACACGGAGAAGGACAGGGUCCGGAGGCUGAUAGGCUCAAGCCGCGGGAGCCAUGAUUUUCCCAGUUGAUGGAUAUUUCCUGUAAUUUAUAAUUUCCCGAGGAAUGCACAUGGACGAUAUCUGGAGCGGUCAAGAGGAUGAGCUGAUUUUUGAAAAAUAGUUUGAAGAGGUGCCCAGUUUGUACUCGCUAUGGAAGGAGCUCCAUGUUGAAGAAGAUUAAAGACACUUGUAGAGCUACAGGGUUAACACCAGGGCACCGUAUCAUGUGUAGAGCUUGUAGAGCUUGUAUAUGUUAGAGCUUAUUAUGUGUAGAGCUUGUAAAGUAUAUGUUAUUUGUGCAAUAGGAGCUCUGUACUGAAUCUGGCUGAUAAUA